ACCACAUCUCAAUCAAAAUUUCUAUAUUGUGUGGAUUAGAUGAAAGCACUGAGUUCUGCACAACUUUUAGUUGCAGCUAUUGUACUACAAUGUUGCUUCAUAUCCACUCUUCAUCACCCCCUAGACCCUCUUACACCUAGUGAAAUCAACCAAGUUAGCCUCAUAAUCCAAAAAUCUCAUCUUGGUACUGCUCUUUCUAAAGUGACUUUUCACUUUGUCGACCUUGAAGAACCAGAGAAAGAACAUGUUCUCAAAUGGCUAUCUUCCAAUGAGCAUAAUGGAUCUUUCCCUCAUCGUCGAGCCAAGGUUGUGGUUCGAGCCAGGGGUGAGACCCAUGAGCUCAUUGUAGACUUAGCCACUGGUUCAAUCACAUCCGACCAUGUUUACACCGGUCAUGGUUUUCCCCCAUUUACUACCAAUGAGCUCAUCCAAGCUAGCAUACUGCCUCUAAUACACCCCGAGUUCAAGGAAUCAAUUUCGAAAAGGCGGCUAAAUUUGUCUGAAGUCACUUGCAUACCAUUUUCAAUUGGUUGGUUUGGAGAAUUGGUUACUAAACGAGUUCUUAGAGAUUUGUGCUACUAUCGCGGAGGAACGACUAAUAUCUUCGCAAGGCCUAUUGAGGGGAUAAGUAUACUAGUCGAUGUUGAGUCAAAUCAAGUUAUAAAAUAUACAGACAGAUUUAAAGCACCUUUGCCUAGUGCUGAUGGUACUGAUUUUCAGUCAUUAGGGCAGAGGGGGCCCAAUUUGGCCCCUUCCAAUGGAACAAAAACUGGAUUCACCAUCAAAGGUCAUGAGGUCAGGUGGGCUAAUUGGGCCUUCCACGUCGGAUUCAAUUCCCGGGCAGGGAUAAUCAUAUCAACAGCCUCUGUAUUCGAUGCUGGAAAGAAAAAGUGGCGGCGUGUGCUUUACAGAGGACACGUGUCAGAAACAUUUGUACCAUACAUGGAUCCGACUAGCGAAUGGUACUUUAGGACCUUUAUGGAUGCCGGCGAAUUUGGGUUUGGGAAUUCGGCCUACUCCCUCAUGCCACUGAUCGACUGCCCUGACAAUGCAGCAUACAUGGAUGUGUACCUGGCCGGGGCAGAUGGGCAGGCACAACAAGUGGCUAGUUUAAUUUGCAUUUUUGAGAGAUAUUCUGGUGACGUGGCAUGGAGACAUACUGAAAUUGGAGUUCCUGGACAAUUGUUAAAAAGUGGAGAGACAGAGGUUAGCUUGGUGGUUAGGAUGGUGGCUACAGUUGGGAACUAUGACUAUAUUCUCGAUUGGGAAUUCAAGCAAAGUGGUUCCAUUAAAGUUGGGGUAAGUUUGACCGGGGUGCUAGAGAUGGAGGCAACCUGGUAUGCACACAAUGGUCCCAAAACAGAAGAUGUUUAUGGUACCUUUGUGGCCGAUAAUACCAUUGCAAUCCAUCAUGAUCACUUCCUCACUUACUACCUCGACCUCGACAUUGAUGGCACAAACAAUUCAUUUGUCAGAUCGAAAUUAAAGACCGCUCGAGCGGUGGGGAUUAAGCCUAGCACGCCAAGAAAGAGUUACUGGACUGUGGUUAGAGAAACUGUCGAGUCAGAAAUGAAAGCCAGAACUCGGAUUGGCUUGGAGCCAGCUGAGUUGUUAGUAGUGAAUCCAAAUAAGAUGACCAAGUUGGGGAAUCAGGUGAGUUACCGGCUCAUCACGGGACAACCGGCUACUUCGCUACUGUCUGUUGAUGAUUAUCCUCAAAUUCGAGCUGCCUAUACCAAGUAUCAACUGUGGGUGACGCCCUAUGAUCGGUUGGAGAGGUGGGCUGGAGGGUUUUAUGCUGAUCGGAGCCACGGCGACGAUGACUUGGCAGUUUGGAGCCGCAGAAAUAGGCGGAUUGCAAACAAAGAUAUAGUCCUUUGGUACACGGUUGGGUUCCAUCAUGUUCCGACUCAGGAAGAUUUUCCGGUGAUGCCAACACUCCAUGAUGGAUUCGAGCUCCGGCCAGAAAAUUUUUUCGAAAGAAACCCAUUGAUCAAACAAUAAUAGUGUUCAAAAUGUUAAAUUUUCCUAGGGCAACAAAAUUAAUCAGUGUAGGAAAAUUUACAUUUUUCUUGUAUUGCAUGAGGUAAGGCUCGUUAUGCCUCUCGGUUUUGGAUUAUUAAUACAACUCUCCUUGUGCUGCUAUGGUUUAGCCCAAAAAAAAAAAAAAAGGAAAAAGAAAGUGCAGGAAAAUUUUAUCAACAAUAAAAGAAAUAUGGGUAAGAAAAAAUCAAUGGAAUAGGAAAACAACCUAACUGGAGUCAAUUAUUCGACUAUUGAUGAAGAAGGCGAUGCGACUGAUUGAACCCUGGACCAGUUAUUAACAAUGUGUUGUUAGAAUUGUCAAUUGGGUUUAAUAAGAGAAUUUCAAUUUUACA